AUAUUUCAAGAUUUAUUCUACAUCGCCAAAACAUCGGAAAACUUAGAGCUGAAGUCUGACUUUCUGAGCGUGCUGAGAUCAUUUUUAAUCCACUAGUUUCCAUCCAUAAUUAAGGAGCUUCAUUUCUUUAUCACUUUUAUUAACGUGAUUUGCCAUCCUAUUAUAAUUCACAUGUGUUUUUAAAUAACCGUGUGGUUAUCAGAUAUUCAUCGAGAUGAAAUUAAUUCUCAUUCUGGUAGGAGUUGCCGUUUUGGCAAACUGCAGCAUCGCGGCUCCAGCGGGAGAGCAGAAAGAAGCACCCAUGGAGACGCCUCCUCCUGAAAAGCCUUCAGAAACCUCGGCACCAGGACUCCAGAAAACACCAAAACCGGAACCCAAGGAUGAGGAGCCAGUUUCCGGGGCAUUCCAGGGAGACAUGAUGCUAACAGAAGAACAGCUGAUGAAAGUUGAGGAGGCCAUCGAUGAUGAGAAAGCUGGUCGUAAGAAGAGAAAGGCUACAAAUAACGAAAGCCAACGCUGGCCAUACAAAAUCGUCCCUUACGUCAUUGAUUCGUCUUUAAGUGGAAUAUCUAGCUUGAUUCGCUCUGCCAUGGACCACUGGGAACAGAACACCUGUCUGAGGUUCGAACCCCGGACCUCGUCACACUCCAGGACGCUGAGGCACGGCUCGUAUAUCUCAUUCUUCCGAGGGUCUGGAUGUUGGUCGCAUGUUGGACGAGCCUACCCAAAUCAGCAACAGAUAUCUAUAGGACCCGGAUGUGGCUACUUUGGAACCAUCGUUCACGAAAUCGGACACGCCAUCGGGUUCCAUCACGAACAAUCUCGACCCGACAGAGACAACCACAUCAACGUCUUCUAUCAGAACAUCCAGUCCGGUCGGCAACAUAACUUUGCUAAAUACUCCUGGGGAACUGUGACGACACAGAAUGUUAACUACGAUGUUGGCUCAAUCAUGCAUUAUGGAGGCUAUGCCUUUUCUUCCAAUGGUCAACCGACUAUCACAGCCCGUGAUCCCCGACUCAACAGUCGCCUCGGUCAACGGACCGCUCUUAGCGCGGCCGACAUUGCACUGGCAAACCUCAUCUACGAGUGCGACAACGUCGAAGAUUGCUCCGACGCCGACGAAUGCCUGAAUGAGGGUUAUCACGACGAUGACUGCGUUUGCGUGUGUCCUGCUGGCUAUAGCGGCGACGUGUGCCAAGAUGGCGGACCAACCCUUCCACCAAUUAGUUGCUCCAACGUGUUCACCGAGACCAUCGGGGUGCUGACGUCUCCUAACUACCCCGGGGACUAUGACGAUGGCGCGACUUGCUUGUACCAGAUCGAUGGACCGGUAGGGAGCACUAUCGAACUGACAUUCAUCGACAUGAACAUCGAAACGGAGGCUCUGUGUCGCUACGACGCCGUCGAGGUUCGCAAAGACGACAUCAACGGUGUCGGAGAGAAGUUCUGUGGAAACACCUUACCCCCCAACCAGAUCUCUAGUAGCAACCAGAUGCUGGUUAUCUUCACAUCUGAUUUCAGCAUCACCUGGCGCGGUUUCAAAGCUACCUACGAAAUCGUGAUUGAUUCAACAACGAGGCCGCCGACGACGACGACGGCGGCAACGACCACCGUACAGACGACGACGGAAACAACCACACUGCAGGCAAUGACUGAUGACCCAGUGGUCGGUACUUGUGGCGGGGAAUUUGUUGAUGAGGAAGGACGUUUUGCAUCACCGAACUUUCCUAGUGACUACGAUAACAAUCUUGAAUGUGCGUACGUGAUCGAAGUGGUUGAUGAUCGUCGAGUUGAACUCAUGUUCGAGGACUUUGCUCUUGAGGACCAAGCCUCCUGCCAGUGGGAUGGACUCCUGAUUAACCUGGGAGAUGGUAUCAAAGUCGACAUGAAAAUGUGUGGUUCUGAGUAUCCAGCCGCUUCUUUGGUGUCAAUCGGUAGCAGGAUGGAACUUACCCUGAAGACAGAUGGGUCUGUUAGGGAUAGAGGCUUUUUGGCGAGAUACCGUGCAAUCGAUCUCUGAUUCGACGAUCGAAUAACUAAAGAACUCCUUCAAUUAAAAAUCAAGUUCAAGAUUGGAUUUUAAUACCACCAUGACCACUGUAGUCUACACGAUGCGAUCAAAGUCGCCCUUGUUAUAGGUUCAUUUUCUCAAACAAAAAGUUGAAUUGACUAUCACUUUAUGAUACCAAAAUCAUUUUUACCGGCGUCUAGUUUAAAUACUUAUUGGUAACUCAGGCCAUUUGUCAUUUUUUGUCUGAAAUUCAAUGAAAUUCUUCAUGAUUAUAAUGAAUUUUUACGAUUCGGAACCUGUCCAUAAAAUUGUGCAUGAUUGUUUUUUUUUCGAAACGUGGGACCUUUUUUCAAUGUGCUGGUAGGCGACUGUGGGCAAGGUGGGAAUUAAAUAUACUUUCUGUACAACCAUAAGGCUUAUAUAAGGGCAAUUCCAUUAAAUAAUCAACCUUUUUGUACGUCGUCCGACCCCCAUUUUUCUCAAGUCUUACUUCACUUUAUAAACUGACCAAGUCAUGGUCCCUUGAGAACAUUACUGACUGUCAAAAGAACAAGAAAUCAGAGACAGAAAAUUUCAGGAAGGCCCCACAUAUAGGGGAUUGGACGUACAUAUUUUAUGGAAUUGCCCAUAAGCUAUUUCUUUGCCAAUCAAGAAUUUGUCUGGUAUUUUAAUGUCUAUAUGUUUCUUAUUCAUCUCUAACAUGGACAUGGGACCCGUUUAAUGAAGACGUAGAACAAUGGUAGCUUUGUCACUAUGGCAACUAACAUGGUAACAUGACCCUACAGUCAACGAAAAUAAAAGUUUUUAAUAGUUACCAUAAUUACAAAAUGACAAUAGCCGUACAUCUUUAUGAAACGGGGCCCCCAGAGACAUAUUUUAAUGCUUAUUGUAUUGUAUAUAUUAUGUAAAUGCGCUAUUUAUUAACAAAAAAUUGUGACAUUUUGGAAUAAAAAUGAAUACAACUAAA